UCCCUCUGACUCUGUCAUUCAGCCCUGCACUUUUCCUCAGGCAGAUAUAAAGGCAGGUCCUGUUGAAAGUGAGAGAGAGAGAGAGAGAGAGAAAGAGAGAGAGAGAGAGAGAGAGAGAGAGAGAGAGAGAGAGAGAGGGCUUGUGUAAUCUCUGGCUGCACAUGAGCACCGGGGAGAGUUACUGCCUCAGCAGUUGGAUAAAAAAGGGACCGUGAAAGAAGCGGAGGAAAAACUAACUCGGGUAUAAGAAGAAGGAAUACCUCUGGAAGAAAGGAAGGGAGGAGAAGGAAGAGAGCUUGAAGUUGGGGGGGUGCAGGACAGAGACCAUGCCGGGGUCUGUGCUGCUGCUGCUGCUGCUGUCCCUGUUGGUGCUGUCCACAGGAAGUGAUGCCAGAAGAAUCAGGAAAAGAGGACUCAACCAAAAGGAUUACGAGUACCCCAACCACCCCCAGUCCACACAGCACCAGAAGAACGACCGGUGUCCUCCACCGCCCCAAAUGCUGCCGGAGCGAGCCUGCGAGGUGCCGGGCUGCCGCUCGGACUCGGAGUGCGAGCGCCACAAACGCUGCUGCUACAACGGCUGCAUCUACGCCUGCCUGGAGUCCGUCCAGCCUCCACCAGUGCUGGACUGGCUGGUGCAGCCCAAGCCUCGGUGGUUGGGGGGUAACGGCUGGCUGCUAGACGGCCCUGAAGAGGUUCUGCAAGCCGAGGCCUGCAGCACCACUGAGGAUGGAGAUGAGCCCCUUCACUGCCCCACAGGCUACGAGUGCCACAUCAUCAACCAGGGAAACCCCGCCACCGGUAUCCCCAACCGGGGUCAGUGCAUCAAGCAGCGUGGGAACUCCGACGGUCGGGGCCUGAGGCACAAAUACUUCAAGGACUACAAGGAUUACUUAGGUACCGGCUCUAACAAUGCAGUAGGCUUCGAAAAACUUCAGCACAAGCACCUGGGUUGAAAUCAACAGUGACCUCGGCCUCAGUGACGACCAUAACACGACCUCAGACGUCAGCCCAGUGGAUCUGCUCUCAUCUCACCUGAAGCAGGACCACAUCUCACCUGAAGCAGGACCACAUCUCACCUUCUCACUCGGCUACCUCCUCUUCUGCUUUAUUCGGUGGCCUCUCCGGAGACCGAUGCAUCCGCAGUGCAGCUCCAAAGAAAUACCUGCAUUUAUUUUCUCUAUCCUCUCUCUGUCUGAUAUAUAUUCUGAAAAGGAAGGAGCAGAGGGUGCUGGUGGUGACGCAGAAGAAGAGAAAGCAGGCUGUGCACCACAGUUGUUUUUAUCAUAAAUCUCACAGGAUGUUUGGAAACGUUGCAGUUUUGGCAUCGAACGCUCAUUCUCAUUCUCACACUUGGACAAACCCUCUAACCUGAACGCUUCUGUGGCUCAUUCUCCAAAGCACGCGAUUCAAAUUUCUGCAUAAUCUGGAAGGCUUUAGAGACAAAUGGGGAGACAUCCCAGCAUCUUUGAAUGAAACCCAAAUGUGAAUUAAAAUGUCUAAUUACGAGAAUAAAUGCCAUAUGAGAGUGUGGGUUGUGUCAGAUGUGAGGGAUUUGGAAAAGCACAGCAUGGUGAGUUCCAUUGAGUUCAGUCAUUUGAGCAACAAUUUAGUUUUUAACCGAGUAUCUACCAAUGUUGUGAUUACACAAGCUUUUCAUGAAUUUGUAUGUUUGUUUUUGCAUGAAUGUGUCAUCUGGUGACAAAUGGAGCUCAUCUGACAAACGAGAUGAUUCAGUCUGAGUUCAAUUAUCACAGCUUCACGUUGGUCUGGACGAGUGUUUUAACAGAAAGGGCUUCCACACGGAGCCGAUUUAGAAAACUGGUCAGAAAGUCUGUGUCACUCUUGAGCUGAACCUGCUUCAGUCUUCUUCAUCUGUCCGUGUUAUCGAUAAUAUAAAAGGUGCUCACGUUCAUGUUUUGCCUCUAAUAACAGGAGAAUAAGCUGAAGAGGUUAAAACAAAAGCUGUAACCAUGAAUUCUCUAAAGUGAUGUCUGAAUGUUUCUGCCUAACUGGUGCUGCAAUGCUGCCUCGUUUAUUCUAAAUAAACAGAAACAACAUUGUC